AUGCCGCAGCCCUCCUGCUUUCACUACAUCUCCAACGGGCAGAGCCUGGCGUUCAGCCCCGACUCCGGGGAGGUGUGGAGAGCGCGCAGGAGGCUGGCCCAGAGCGCCCUGAAGAGCUUCUCCAUCGCGCCCAGCCCCACGUCGUCCUGCAGCUGCCUGCUGGAGGAGCACGUCUCCAAGGAGGCCGAGUACCUGGUCACCAAGUUCCUGCAGGUCAUGGAGGAGCACAAGAGCAUUGACCUCAACCAGUACCUGUUGGUGUCAGUGGCCAACGUCAUCUGUGCCAUAUGCUUUGGCAAGCGCUAUGAGCACGAGGACCAGGAGCUGCUCAGGGUGGUGGACCUGGGGAAGGAGUUUGGGGAGGUGGCUGGGGGUGGCCACCCCACCGACUUCAUCCCCCCGCUCCGCUACCUGCCCAACCGCACCCUGGAGGCCUUCAAGGACAUCAACCGGUGCUUCAACGCCUUCGUGCAGAAAAUUGUGCAGGAUCAUUACAGCACCUUUGACAAGGGGCACAUCCGGGACAUCACGGACUCGCUGAUUCAGCACUGCCAGGAGAACGGUGCUGGGGAGGAUGCCCACGUGAAGCUCUCUGACGAGAAGAUCAUCAACAUCGUCAACGACCUCUUUGGGGCAGGCUUUGACACUGUGGCAACUGCCCUGUCGUGGAGCCUCAUGUAUGUUGCCUUGUACCCCGACAUCCAGAAGAAGAUCCACGAGGAGCUGGACCGCACCAUCGGGCGCGAGCGGCGGCCGCGCCUCUCGGACCGGGGCACGCUGCCCUACACGGAGGCCUUCAUCCUGGAGAUGUUCAGGCAUUCCUCCUUCCUGCCCUUCACCAUCCCUCACAGCACAACAAAAGCAACAGCGUUGAAUGGCUACUACAUCCCCAAGGACACCUGUGUGUUCAUCAACCAGUGGCAAGUGAACCACGAUGAGGCGCUGUGGAAGGAGCCCUCAGCCUUCAGGCCCGAGCGGUUCCUGAGCGCGUCGGGGACGGAGCUGAACCGCGCCGAGGGCGAGAAGGUUCUGGCCUUUGGGCUGGGCCGGCGCCGCUGCCCCGGCGAGACCAUCGGCCGCUGGGAGAUCUUCCUCUUCCUCACCACGCUGCUGCAGCAGCUGCACUUCAGCCUGCGGCCCGGGGAGCCGGUGGACAUCACCCCGCAGUACGGACUGACCAUGAAGUACAAGAAGUGUGAAGCCUUCCAGAUCCGGCAGCGGUUCCCCGAGAAGAGCUCUCUGUGAGCUGCUGCAGGGGGUUGGAGGCUCUGCCCCUUGCUGUGCAUCCUCUGGAGGAUGGUUCCUCUCCUGGGGGGACAGCUGGGCUUUGUGGGGCUCUUCCCAGCUCCAUCAGCCCUUCCCACAUGGAUGAUCCCCAGAGGUGUCUUGGAGAGAUGCACCCUGUGGUGGGAAGGGUGAGAUGUGCUCCACCUGCCCUGGACAGCUCCCUCCAUCCAAACAAAUAUAAACCUGCAGGUUCUUCUCAGGGAAUCCUGCCCAGCCUUAUCCCAUGGGGUGAAAUCCUCUUUUCCAGCUCAU